AUGAUUUCGGACGACGAGAAGAGAAGACUACGUGCUCUAAAAAAAGAGCAAAAACGGCUCGAGCAGCAAAAUGCGGAAGGGAAACCAAAACAGCUCUUCAUUCGUCGCCCCCUGCUCGAACUUCCUCGUGCUGAGCCCGUGCAAAACACGUUCACCAUCAUGUCCUACAACGUGCUCGCUCAAGCCCUGAUCCGACGCAGUCUCUUUCCCGACAACGGCGCAAUUCUCAAAUGGAAUAAGCGGUCCGAGGCUCUGCUGGCCGAAUUGAAGUACUACGCCGCAGAUAUCAUGUGUCUGCAGGAGAUGGACUAUAUCCAGUACAACAGCUACUGGAGCCCCAAACUAGCCCUCUUGGGCUACGAAAACAAGUACUAUAGAUCCGGCACAAAAAACCACGGCGUGGCUGUAUUCUACAAGGCGUCCAAGUUUGCUCUUGUCGACUCCUCGUUCAUAGAUUACGACAAGGUGGCCACCGAAGGCAUUGUUCCGCGCACUGCCACACAGAAUGUGGGCCUGCUGGUCGCCUUGCAAGCGAAAAACCAGCCCGACAGCGUCCUCGUGGUGGGGACCACGCAUCUGUUUUGGCAUCCGUACGGCACGUACGAGAGAACGCGCCAGACAUAUGUGGUUUUGCAGUCGAUGCUGGAGUUUGAACAACGGGUCAAGCUUUUGCACCCAAACUUUGCCAAAACGUACAAGUUUUUUGCCGGAGAUUUCAACUCGCAGCCUUACGACUCGCCGUAUCUGUCGAUCGUCCAGAAACCAAUCGUCUAUAAUGCACGCUGUCUGAACGUUAUUUCGUGCUCGGCCUCGUACGACUACUCCAACCAGGACGAUAACGAGCACGAGACGCCUGUUCCAGACGAGUUUGAGCCCAAUGAGCAGCAGCGCAAGAUGGUCCACGAUAUGGAGAAGCUGCACAACUCGCUCCCUGCGCGCGCCAUCUCUCUGUACUCGCUGGGCUACCAUCUGGUCGACCCAAAAAACGCCGGGCUGGACAACGAUCGCAACGAGCCGUUUUUCUCCAACUGGGCGCACACGUGGCGCGGCCUGCUCGACUACAUCUUCUUCGUGACCGAGUGGGACGGCUCGGACUGCACUGCCCCUGACAAACUCGAGGAUUUUGAGGCCCAGCACGGCGUCAUUCUGAAAAGCCUGCUGAAACUGCCACACCCCACGGAAAUGGAUAAGGGCCAGCCACGCGAGGGCGAGUACCCGAGCGACCACCUGUGUAUAAUUGCCGAGGUCGCGUUACGCUAA